UGGGUGGGCGGCUGCUUCGAGAGCCUCUAGAUUCGGACGGCGGCGCUUGGCCAUGUCGUGUCGGGGAAGGUAAUGAGCCGCAGAGCCCCGGGGUCUCGGCUGAGCAGCGGCGGCGGCGGCACCAAGUAUCCACGAAGCUGGAAUGACUGGCAACCCAGAACUGAUAGUGCAUCAGCCGACCCAGAUAAUUUAAAAUACUCUUCAUCCAGAGAUCGAGGCAGUUCUACCUCGUAUGGACUGCAACCUUCAAAUUCAACUGUGGUGUCUCGUCAAAGGCACGAUGAUAUCAGAGUCCAUACUGACAUACAGAAUGAUGAAAAAGGUGGCUACAAUGUCAAUGGAGGAUCUGGGGAAAAUACUUAUGGUCGGAAGUCGUUGGGGCAAGAGCUGAGAGUUAACAAUGUGACCAACCCUGAUUUCACCAGUAUUCAGCAUGGAAAUCGUGCUUUAGCCACAAAAGACAUGAGGAAAUCACAGGAGCGAUCGUUGUCUUACUCUGAUGAGUCUCGACUGUCAAAUCUUCUUCGGAGGAUUACCCGGGAAGAUGACAGAGACCGAAGACUGGCUACUGUAAAGCAAUUGAAAGAAUUCAUUCAGCAACCGGAAAAUAAGCUGGUACUAGUUAAGCAGCUAGAUAAUAUCUUGGCGGCUAUACAUGAUGUGCUUAAUGAGAGUAGCAAAUUACUUCAAGAAUUGAGACAGGAAGGAGCUUACUCUCUUGGCCUUCUUUGUGCUUCCCUAAGCUAUGAGGCUGAGAAAAUCUUCAAAUGGAUUUUUAGCAAAUUUAGCUCAUCUGCAAAAGAUGAAGUUAAACUUCUUUACUUAUGUGCCACCUACAAAGCCCUUGAGACUGUAGGAGAAAAGAAGGCUUUUUCAUCUGUAAUGCAGCUUGUAAUGACCAGCCUACAGUCCAUUCUAGAAAAUGUGGAUACACCAGAAUUACUCUGCAAAUGUGUGAAGUGCAUACUUUUGGUGGCUCGAUGUUACCCUCAUAUUUUCAGUACAAAUUUUAGGGAUACGGUUGAUAUAUUAGUUGGAUGGCAUAUAGAUCAUACUCAGAAACCUUCUCUGACUCAGCAGGUGUCUGGAUGGUUACAGAGUCUGGAGCCAUUUUGGGUAGCUGAUCUUGCAUUUUCUACAACUCUUCUUGGUCAGUUUCUAGAGGAUAUGGAGGCUUAUGCUGAGGACCUCAGCCAUGUAGCCUCUGGGGAGUCAGUAGAUGAAGAUAUUCCUCCUCCAUCAGUAUCAUUACCAAAGUUAGCAGCUCUUCUUCGGGUAUUCAGUACUGUGGUAAGAAGUAUUGGGGAGCGCUUCAGCCCAAUCAGAGGUCCUCCAAUUACUGAAGCAUAUGUAACAGAUGUACUGUACAGAGUAAUGAGAUGUGUUACAGCAGCAAACCAAGUGUUUUUUUCUGAGGCAGUUUUGACAGCUGCCAAUGAGUGUGUUGGUGUUUUGCUUGGUAGUCUAGACCCUAGCAUGACUAUACAUUGUGACAUGGUCAUCACAUAUGGAUUAGAUCAGUUGGAGAAUUGCCAGACUUGUGGUACAGAUUAUAUCAUCUCAGUCUUGAAUUUGCUCACAUUGAUUGUUGAACAGAUAAAUACAAAAUUACCAUCAUCAUUCGUAGAAAAACUGUUUAUACCAGCAUCUAAACUACUACUUCUGCGUUAUCAUAAAGAAAAAGAGGUUGUUGCUGUAGCUCAUGCCGUAUAUCAAGCUGUACUCAGCCUGAAGAAUAUUCCUGUUUUGGAGACUGCCUACAGGUUGAUUUUGGGAGAAAUGACUUGUGCACUAAACAAUCUCCUGCAUAACCUACAACUUCCUGAAGCCUGUUCUGAAAUCCAACAUGAUGCUUUUAAAAACCACGUAUUCAAUGUAGACAAUGCAAAAUUUGUAGUUAUAUUUGACCUCAGUGCAUUAACCACAAUUGGAAAUGCCAAAAACUCACUGAUUGGGAUGUGGGCGUUGUCUCCAACGGUUUUUGCACUACUGAGUAAGAACCUAAUGAUUGUGCAUGGUGACCUAGCUGUCCAUUUCCCUGCUAUUCAGUAUGCAGUUCUUUACACCUUGUAUUCACAUUGUACCAGGCAUGAUCACUUUAUAUCUAGUAGUCUUAGCUCUUCAUCACCAUCAUUAUUUGAUGGAGCAGUAAUUAGUACUGUAACAACAGCCACAAAGAAGCAUUUCUCAAUCAUACUAAACCUCUUGGGAAUAUUACUAAAGAAAGAUAACCUUAAUCAGGAUACCAGGAAACUGCUAAUGACUUGGGCUUUGGAAGUUGCUGUUCUAAUGAAAAAGUCUGAAACAUAUGCACCUUUAUUCUCUCUUCCGUCUUUCCAUAAGUUUUGCAAAGGACUUCUAGCAAACACCCUUCUUGAAGAUGUGAAUAUCUGUCUUCAAGCGUGUAGUAGCCUACAUGCCCUAUCAUCUUCCUUGCCUGAUGACCUUUUACAAAGGUGUGUUGAUGUAUGUCGUGUCCAGCUAGUCCAUAGUGGAACUCGUAUUCGACAAGCCUUUGGAAAGCUGUUGAAAUCUAUUCCUUUGGAUGUUGUCCUGAGCAAUAGCAACCACACAGAAAUACAAGAAAUUUCUUUAGCUAUAAGAAGUCAUAUGAGCAAAGCCCCAAGUAAUACGUUCCAUCCACAAGAUUUCUCUGAUGUCAUUAGCUUUAUUUUGUAUGGGAAUUCUCAUAGAACUGGGAAGGACAAUUGGUUAGAGAGAUUGUUCUACAGUUGCCAGAGGUUAGAUAAGCGUGACCAAUCAACUAUUCCACGAAACCUUCUAAAGACAGAUGCUGUUCUUUGGCAGUGGGCUAUUUGGGAAGCAGCCCAGUUCACUGUUCUUUCUAAGUUAAGAACUCCCCUAGGCAGAGCACAAGAUACAUUCCAGACAAUUGAAGGAAUCAUUAGAAGUCUUGCAGCCCACACUUUAAACCCUGAUCAAGAUGUUAGCCAAUGGACAACUGCAGAUAAUGAUGAAGGACAUAGCAGCAACCAACUUAGACUUGUUCUUCUUCUGCAAUAUUUAGAAAAUCUGGAAAAACUAAUGUAUAAUGCAUAUGAAGGAUGUGCUAAUGCGCUGACUUCACCUCCUAAGGUCAUUAGAACGUUCUUCUAUACAAAUCGCCAAACUUGCCAAGACUGGCUAACUCGGAUUAGACUUUCCAUCAUGAGAGUUGGACUGUUGGCAGGUCAACCUGCUGUGACUGUAAGACAUGGCUUUGAUUUGCUUACUGAAAUGAAGACCAAUAAUAUAUCUCAGGGAAAUGAAUUGGAAAUAACAAUUAUGAUGGUGGUAGAAGCACUGUGUGAACUCCAUUGCCCUGAAGCUAUACAAGGACUAGCUGUGUGGUCAACUUCAAUUGUUGGAAAGAAUCUUGUCUGGAUCAAUUCGGUGGCACAACAGGCAGAAGGAAGGUUUGAAAAGGCAACCAUUGAAUACCAGGAGCAUUUGUGUGCUAUGACAGGUGUAGAUUGCAGCAUAACUGGAUUUGAUAAAUCUGUCUUGAAGUUGGCCAACUCAAAUAGUAAUAAUGCCAGUCCAAAGCAUUCUCUGAAUGGUGAAGCUAGAAAAACUGUCCUGGCUAAACCAAGUGAUUCUUCCCCUGAGGUUAUAAAUUACUUGGGUAAUAAAGCCUGUGAGUGCUAUAUCUCAAUUGCUGAUUGGGCUGCUGUGCAGGAAUGGCAGAAUGCUGUUCAUGACUUGAAAAAAAGCACAAGUAGUACUUCCCUCAACUUAAAAGCUGACUUCAACUAUAUAAAGUCACUAAGCAGCUUUGAGUCUGGAGAAUUUAUUGAAUGUACAGAACAGUUAGAAUUGUUACCAGGAGAAAACAUUAACCUGCUUACUGGAGGAUCAAAAGAAAAAAUAGAUAUGAAAAAACUACUUCCUAACAUGUUAAGUCCAGAUCCAAGGGAACUUCAGAAAUCCAUUGAAGUUCAGUUGUUGAGAAGUUCAGUUUGUCUGGCAACUGCUGUGAAUCAUAUAGAACAGGAACAGAAGUGGCAAUCUAUAACUGAAAAUGUUGUAAAAUAUUUGAAGCAAACAUCACGUAUAGCUAUUGGACCCCUGAGGCUCUCUACUCUUACUAUUUCACAGUCUUUGCCAGUUUUAAGCACUCUGCAACUGUAUUGUUCAUCUGCUUUGGAGAAUACUGUAUCAAACAGGCUUUCAACAGAGGACUGUUUAAUCCCACUUUUUAGUGAAGCUUUGCGUUCAUGUAAGCAGCAUGAUGUAAGACCAUGGAUGCAUGCACUAAGAUAUACUGUGUAUCAGAGUCAGUUACUUGAAAAAAUUAAAGAACAAACUGUUCCAAUUAGAAGUCACCUUAUGGAACUGGGUCUAACAGCAGCAAAAUUUGCCAGAAAACGGGGAAAUGUAGCACUGGCCACAAGAUUGCUAGCACAAUGUAGUGAAGUCCAAUUGGGAAAAACUACUACUGCCCAAGAUUUAGUCCAGUAUUUUAAAAAAUUGUCAACGCAAGGCCAGAUCGAUGAAAAAUGGGGACCUGAGCUUGAUAUAGAAAAAACCAAACUGUUAUAUACAGCAGGUCAGUCAACGCAUGCGAUGGAAAUGUUGAGUUCUUGUGCCAUAGCCUUUUGCAAGUCUGCCAAAGCAGAAUAUGCAGUAGCUAAAUCAAUUCUGACCCUGGCUAAAUGGAUCCAAGCAGAAUGGAAAGAAAUUUCAGGGCAGUUGAAACAGGUAUACAGAGCCCAACAGCAACAGAAUUUCACAGGUCUUUCUACUUUGUCUAAAAACAUACAUACUUUGAUUUCACUGCCAUCUGGCAAUGCAAUAGAAGAGGAAUAUCCCCGGAUUGAGAGUGAAUCUACAGUAAAUAUUGGAGUUGGAGAACCUGACUUCAUAUUGGGACAGUUGUAUCACCUCUCUUCAGUCCAGGCACCUGAAGUUGCCAAAUCUUGGGCAGCACUGGCUAGUUGGGCAUACAGAUGGGGCAGAAAGGUGGUUGAUAAUGCUAGUCAAGGGGAAGGUGUCCGUCUUCUACCCAGAGAGAAGUCUGAGGUGCAGAGUCUACUUCCAGAUAACAUAGCUGAAGAAGAUAGAGAAAAAAUAUAUGGUAUUCUUGGUCAGGCUGUAUGCCGGCCAGCUGGAAUUCAGGAUGAAGAUAUAACACUUCAGAUAACUGAGAGUGAAGACAAUGAAGAAGAUGAUAUGGUUGAUGUCAUAUGGCGCCAGUUAUUGGCAAGCUGCUCAUGGCUUUCAGAUCUCGAUGAAAAUGCAACAGAGGGACUAAUUAAAGUGUGGCGAAAAGUUGUAGAUAGAAUCUUUAACCUCUACAAACUGUCCUGUAGUGCAUAUUUUACUUUCCUUAAACUCAACGCCGGACAGAUUCCUCUAGAUGAAGAUGAUCCCAGAUUGCAUUUAAGUAAUAGGUCUGAACAGAGUACUGAUGAUGUUAUUGUAAUGGCAACAUUAAGGUUAUUGAGAUUGCUUGUUAAACAUGCUGGAGAACUUAGACAAUAUCUGGAACAUGGCUUGGAAACAACACCCACUGCUCCAUGGAGAGGUAUUAUUCCACAGCUUUUCUCCCGUUUAAACCACCCUGAAGUAUAUGUUCGCCAAAGUAUUUGUAACCUACUCUGUCGAGUGGCUCAAGACUCCCCUCACCUUAUAUUGUAUCCUGCGAUAGUGGGUACUAUUUCACUUAGUACUGAAUCCCAGUCUUCAGGGAACAAAUUUCCUUCUGCAAUUCCUACCUUGCUGGGCAAUAUUCAAGGUGAAGAAUUAUUAGGUGCUGAAUGUGAGGGAGGAAGUCCCCCAGCUUCUCAAGAUAGUAAUAAAGAUGAGCCUAAAAAUGUCUUAAAUGAAGACCAAGCUAUGAUGCAAGAUUGCUACAGCAAAAUUGUAGAUAAGCUAUCUUCAGCAAACCCAACAAUGGUGUUACAGGUCCAAAUGCUAGUAGCAGAGCUUCGCAGGGUUACUGUUCUUUGGGAUGAGCUAUGGUUAGGAGUUCUACUGCAACAGCACAUGUAUGUCUUGAGACGGAUUCAGCAAUUAGAGGAUGAAGUGAAGAGAGUCCAAAACAACAACACCUUACGCAAAGAGGAAAAAAUCGCUAUCAUGCGUGAGAAGCAUACUGCUUUGAUGAAACCCAUUGUAUUUGCAUUGGAACAUGUACGGAGCAUCACAGCAGCUCCUGCAGAAACCCCUCAUGAAAAAUGGUUCCAGGACAACUAUGGUGAUGCACUUGAAAAUGCCCUAGAAAAAUUGAAGAAUCCAUCAAAUCCUGCAAAGCCAGGAAGCAGCUGGAUCGCUUUUAAAGAGGUGAUGCUAAGUUUACAGCAGAGAGCACAAAAACGUGCUAGUUACAUUCUACGUCUUGAAGAAAUUAGUCCUUGGUUGGCUGCUAUGACUAACACUGAAAUUGCCCUUCCUGGAGAAGUGUCCGCCAGAGAUACAGUAACAAUUCACAGUGUUGGUGGUACCAUCACAAUCUUGCCUACUAAAACCAAACCAAAGAAACUUCUCUUUCUAGGUUCAGAUGGGAAGAACUACCCUUAUCUUUUCAAAGGACUGGAAGAUUUGCAUCUAGAUGAGAGAAUUAUGCAAUUCUUGUCUAUUGUGAAUACAAUGUUUGCUACAAUUAAUCGUCAAGAGACACCUCGUUUCCAUGCUAGACAUUAUUCUGUGACACCAUUAGGAACCAGGUCAGGUCUCAUCCAGUGGGUAGAUGGAGCCACACCUUUGUUUGGUCUUUACAAACGAUGGCAACAACGAGAAGCUGCCUUACAAGCACAGAAGGCUCAAGAUUCUUACCAAACUCCUCAAAAUCCUGGAAUAGUACCCCGGCCAAGUGAACUUUAUUACAGUAAAAUUGGACCUGCCUUAAAAGCAGUUGGACUUAGUCUUGAUGUUUCUCGUCGUGAUUGGCCCCUUAAUGUGAUGAAGGCUGUGUUAGAAGAGCUAAUGGAGGCAACACCACCAAAUCUUCUGGCUAAGGAGCUGUGGUCAUCUUGUACUACCCCUGAUGAAUGGUGGAGAGUUACACAGUCCUAUGCAAGAUCUACCGCAGUCAUGUCUAUGGUUGGAUACAUAAUUGGCCUUGGAGAUAGACAUCUGGAUAAUGUUCUUAUAGACAUGACUACAGGAGAAGUUGUUCACAUAGAUUAUAAUGUUUGCUUUGAAAAAGGUAAAAGUCUUAGAGUUCCUGAAAAGGUACCCUUCCGCAUGACACACAACAUUGAAACAGCCCUGGGUGUGACUGGAGUAGAAGGAGUUUUCAGGCUUUCUUGUGAGCAGGUUCUGCACAUCAUGCGACGUGGAAGAGAGACUUUGCUUACAUUACUGGAAGCUUUUGUGUAUGAUCCCCUGGUGGACUGGACAGCAGGGGGAGAAGCAGGAUUUGCUGGAGCUGUCUAUGGUGGUGGUGGCCAGCAAGCUGAAAACAAACAAAGUAAAAGAGAAAUGGAGAGAGACAUUACACGAAGCCUUUUCUCAUCCAGAGUAGCUGAAAUUAAGGUAAACUGGUUUAAGAAUAGGGAUGAAAUGCUGGUUGUGCUUCCCAAGCUAGACAGCAGUUUAGAAGAAUAUCUGAACUUGCAAGAACAACUGACAGAUGUUGAGAAAUUACAAGGCAAGCUCCUUGAGGAGAUUGAAUUCCUGGAAGGAGCUGAAGGAGCUGAUCAUCCUUCUCACACUCUACAGCACAGGUACUCUGAACAUACACAACUGCAGACUCAGCAAAGAGCUGUUCAGGAAGCAAUCCAGGUGAAACUGAAUGAAUUUGAACAGUGGAUAACACAUUACCAGGCUGCAUUUAAUAAUUUAGAAGCAACACAACUUGCAAGUCUUCUUCAAGAGAUUAGCACACAAAUGGACCUUGGUCCUCCAAGCUAUGUACCAGCAACUGCUUUUCUUCAGAAUGCUGGUCAGGCUCAUUUGAUCAGCCAGUGUGAACAGCUUGAGGGAGAGGUUGGUGCUCUUCUGCAGCAGAGGCGGUCAGUAUUAAGAGGAUGUCUUGAGCAGCUGCAUCACUAUGCAACUGUAGCUCUUCAAUACCCAAAAGCGAUAUUUCAGAAACACCGAAUUGAACAGUGGAAAGCUUGGAUGGAAGAACUUAUCUGUAACACAACAAUUGAGCACUGUCAGGAAUUAUACAGAAAAUAUGAGAUGCAGUAUGCUCCCCAACCACCUCCAACAGUAUGCCAAUUCAUAACUGCCACAGAAAUGACUCUCCAGCGUUAUGCUGCGGAUAUAAAUAGCCGACUUAUCAGACAAGUGGAGAGGUUGAAGCAGGAAGCAGUUACUGUGCCAGUCUGUGAAGAACAAUUGAAAGAAAUUGAACGUUGUAUUAAAGUUUUUCUACAUGAAAAUGGAGAAGAAGGGUCUUUGAGCCUAGCUAGUGUUAUUAUUUCUGCCCUUUGCACCCUUACAAGGCGUAAUCUAAUGAUGGAAGGUGCUGCAUCUAGUGCUGGAGAACAGCUUGUUGAUCUCACUUCACGGGAUGGAGCCUGGUUCUUAGAAGAACUAUGUAGUAUGAGCGGAAAUGUUACAUGUCUUGUUCAGUUAUUGAAGCAGUGCCAUCUGGUCCCACAGGACUUAGAUAUUCCUAACCCAAUGGAAGCAUCUGAGGCAGUUCACUUAGCUAAUGGAGUAUAUACUUCACUUCAGGAAUUGAACUCCAAUUUUCGGCAAAUAAUAUUUCCAGAAGCACUUAGAUGUUUAAUGAAAGGAGAAUAUACAUUAGAAAGUAUGCUUCACGAUCUGGACACUCUUAUUGAACAAACAACUGAUGGAGUUCCUUUACAGACAUUAGUUGAGUCUCUUCAAGCCUACUUAAGAAAUGCAGCCAUGGGAUUAGAAGAAGAAACACAUGCUCAUUAUAUAGAUGUUGCAAGGAUACUGCAUUCUCAGUAUGGUGAAUUGAUUCAACCAAGAAAUGGUUCAGUUGAUGAAACUCCCAAAAUGUCAGCUGGUCAGAUGCUUUUAGUUGCUUUUGAUGGAAUGUUUGCCCAAGUUGAAACUGCUUUUGGCUUAUUAAUUGAAAAGCUAAAUAAGAUGGAAAUACCUGUAGCUUGGCGUAAGAUAGACAUUAUAAGGGAAGCCAGGAGUACCCAAGUUAAUUUUUUUGAUGACGAUAAUCACCGGCAAGUGCUAGAAGAAAUUUUCUUUUUAAAACGAUUGCAGACAAUUAAAGAAUUCUUCAGACUCUGUGGUACUUUUUCAAAAACAUUGUCAGGGUCAAGUUCACUUGAAGACCAGAAUACUGUAAAUGGACCUGUACAGAUUGUCAAUGUAAAAACACUUUUUAGAAACUCUUGUUUUAGUGAGGACCAAAUGGCAAAGCCAAUAAAGGCAUUUACAGCAGACUUUGUGAGACAGUUAUUAAUUGGACUCCCAAAUCAGGCCUUGGGUCUUACUCUUUGCAGUUUCAUCAGUGCUUUAGGAGUAGAUAUAAUUGCUCAAGUAGAAGCAAAAGACUUUGGCGCUGAAAGCAAAGUUUCAGUUGACGAUUUGUGUAAGAAAGCAGUGGAACAUAACAUACAAAUUGGAAAGUUUUCUCAGCUGGUCAUGAACAGGGCAACAGUACUAGCCAGUUCAUAUGACACUGCUUGGAAGAAACAUGACUUGGUUCGAAGACUAGAAACCAGUAUUUCAUCUUGUAAGACAAGCCUCCAAAGAGUACAGCUGCAUAUUGCCAUGUUUCAGUGGCAGCAUGAAGAUCUCCUUAUUAGUCGACCACAAGCCAUGUCAGUUACACCUCCACCCCGUUCUGCUAUUUUAACCAGUAUGAAAAAGAAACUCCAUACACUGAGUCAGAUUGAAACUUCAAUUGCAGCAGUGCAGGAGAAACUAGCAGCACUUGAAGCAAGUAUUGAACAGCGUUUGAAAUGGGCAGGUGGGGCCAAUCCUGCAUUGGCCCCAGUCUUGCAAGAUUUUGAAGCAACGAUUGCUGAAAGAAGGAAUCUUGUCCUUAAAGAAAGCCAAAGAGCAAGUCAGGUAACUUUCCUCUGCAGCAAUAUUAUUCAUUUUGAAAGUUUAAGAACUAGAACUGCAGAAGCCUUAAACCUGGAUGCUUCAUUAUUUGAACUUAUCAAACGCUGUCAGCAAAUGUGUUCAUUUGCAUCACAGUUUAACAGUUCGGUUUCUGAGUUAGAACUUCGUUUACUACAAAGAGUGGGUACUAAUCUUGAACAUGCUAUUGGCAGCUCUGAGUGGCUUUUGUCAGCACACAAACAACUGAGUCAGGACAUGUCUACUCAGAGGGUAGUUCAGACAGAGAAAGAACAACAGAUAGAAACUGUCUGUGAAGCAAUUCAGAACCUGGUUGAUAACAUUAAGACAGUCCUCACUGGUCACAACAGGCAACUUGGAGAUGUCAAGCAUCUGCUAAAAGCAAUGGCCAAGGAUGAAGAAGCUGCACUGGCAGAUGGUGACGAUGUUCCUUAUGAAAACAGUGUCAGGCAGUUCUUAGGGGAAUACAAAUCAUGGCAAGACAACAUUCAGACAGUAUUGUUUACAUUAGUUCAGGCUAUGGGUCAAGUGCGCAGUCAGGAGCAUGUUGAAAUGCUGCAAGAAAUAACUCCCACUUUGAAAGAUCUGAAAACACAAAGUCAGAGCAUCUACAAUAAUCUAGUGAGUUUUGCAUCACCCCUAGUCACAGAUGCAACAAAUGAAUGUUCAAGUCCAACAUCAUCUGCUACCUAUCAGCCAACCUUCGCUGCAGCAGUACGAAGCAACACUGGCCAGAAGACUCAGCCUGAAGUUAUGUCACAGAACGCAAGAAAGGCAAUUCAGAAAAAUCUUGCUACAUCAGCAGAUACUCCACCAAGCACAGUCCCAGGAACAGGCAAGAGUGUUGCUUGUAGUCCUAAAAAGGCAGUCAGAGAUCCUAAAACUGGAAAAGCUGUGCAGGAAAGAAACUCAUAUGCAGUGAGUGUGUGGAAGAGAGUCAAAGCCAAAUUAGAGGGGCGAGAUGUUGAUCCUAACAGAAGGAUGUCUGUUGCUGAACAGGUUGACUAUGUGAUUAAGGAAGCAACUAAUCUAGAUAACUUGGCUCAGCUGUAUGAAGGUUGGACAGCCUGGGUAUGAAUGGGAAGACCACAGAUCAGUCUGGUUAAGUGAGGUCAGACAUCUACCAGAAUCAACUCGGCCUCAGGCAUCCAUAGCCACACCACAGUCGGUGGUGAUGCAUACUGGGGCUUAAUCUGAGGAAACCUAGGAAAUCUCGGUGCACUAGGAAGUGAAUCCUGCAAGAUAGCUGCACUCAGGGAUACACUAAACACAAUGGUCUGCAACCCCAGGGUCAAGGGUGAAAGUUCACUGCCUGAACACCACGAUUGUCUUUCUGCUACAGAACAGCUGAAAACGUGUCAGGAGGUUAGCUGCAGAAAGAAAUCUGAAUGCUACAGAGUGCAGAGUGAUUUGGAACUCCAUUCCACCUGACCCUGUGUGUACAAUCCAGGAAAUACCAAAGCCCGUUCAAAGAGAAACAGAAAACUGGGGCCAUGAAGAAAUCACAGCAAAGGAAGAUUUGAUGCAUUCAGAUUCUUGUGUUACACUUGUGUGGCAGCAGUACUGGUUGGGUUGACCAGUAAGUUUAAAAAAAAAAAAGCCUAGGCAAUAUGAACUUCAGAAAUGGACUGAAAGCAGAGAGCUG